AUGCGUGUAUCUCUGCUCUACGCUACCUGCCUCCUCGCCGUCUCCGUCCAGGCCUCCUGGUUCGGCUCCGACCCCGAGUACUCCAAGUGGUCCCAACCGCAGCUCAAGGCGUGGCUUGACCUCCAUGGUAUCCAGACGCCCAAAUCCUACUCCCAGAAAGAGCUCCACGACCUCGUAGCAUCCAACUGGGCGCACUACUCCGACCAGGGAAAGCAGUACGCAGACGCGAGUCGCGACUGGACGUACGACCAGUACACCAAGGCGCAGCACUCGUUCAACGACCUCCGCGACUCAUCGUUCGACACCUGGGACGAGUCCACCCUGCGUCAGUGGCUCCUUGAGCACGGCGUCGUUGCACCCUCCGGCCCGCGCGAAGAGCUCGUUCUCUUAGCGAAGCAGCGGUACCGGUCAUACACCGACGCGGCGUCGUAUUACUCUUCUCUCGCCGGUGCGAGCGCAGGGAGUGCCUAUUCGGAGGCGACGGGCGCAGUUUAUGGCGCGAGUAAGAGCGCAAGCAGCUUUGCGGCGCAAGCGACCAACGACGCCGCGCAGGCGCUGGAUGAUACCAAGGACUAUGUAUAUUCGACGUGGGACGAUAACAAGCUACGCGACUACCUCGAGAAGAAGGGUGUCGUCGAGGCCAAAGAUACCUCGACGCACUCUGACCUUCUCCGACUCAUGCGCGACCAGUACAACAAGGCGUCUGAUCCCGUUUGGGAGAGUUGGAGCGAUUCGUACAUGCGCGAAUGGUUGAUUGCCCACAACCUCCUUGAGCCUUCGGAUACGAGCUCUCGCUCGACCCUCGUCGGAGAGAUGAAGAAGUACUACUACGGCGCACCCGACUAUGUCUGGACCUCCUGGGAUGACUCGAAGCUCAAGGCGUGGCUCGUUGAUCACGGCAUCAUCAAGAGCAAUGCGCAAAAGAAGCGUGACGAAUUGCUUAAGCUUCUCGAGGAGAACUACACGAGCUCACCGGAGACAAUCUGGUCCGCGUGGAGCGACUCGGACAUUCGCAAAUGGCUCGUACAGAACAAUAUUGUUGAUGAGAAGACCGCAGCUGGAAAGAAGCGCGACCAGCUUAUCAAGUUGAUCCAGCCCAAGUAUCACGGCGUUGCCGCUUCGACUACACAAUAUCUCGCCUGGCCCGACGCCCGCUUGCGUGCAUACCUCCGCGAGCGCGGUAUCUCCGAAGAUGCUUUGCCCACAUCUCGCCCUGGCCUCUUGCAGGAGACGCGCAUCCGGUGGGUACAGACUCAGUCGCGCGCGGAGACGAUGUACGAGAAGAUCGCGGAGCUCGUGAACAGCGGUGUGGAGGCGACCGAAGAGAAGAUCGCACGGAUCUAUGAGCUGUUGACAGGCACUGCGACCGAGGGUGCUGAGUACGCGGAGAAGAAGAGGGAUGAUGCGUACGGAUGGGGUUCGGAGAAGAAAGGUCAGGCGGAAGGUUAUGCGAAGGAGAAGAAGGGUCAGGCGGAGGGGUAUACGAAGGAGAAGAAAGGUAAGGUAGAGGGAUACGGGAAGUCGAAGAAAGGUGAGGCCGAGGGAUAUGCAAAGUCGGUCAAGGGCGAGGCGAAGGAAACUGGGAAGAAGGCCGGGGAAAAGAUCAAGCAGACCGCCGAUGAGCUUUGAGCGUAUCUUUGGGCGCUUUUCUAUUUCCUUUUUCUUGUUUUGUUGCAGCCCUUGGACGUUUGGGCGGAUC